AUGGGUGCCGAUGACUUCCAAUCAUUACCAUACGAGAUGUCCGGAAGCUGCGGAUUUGAUUCCUUCCAUUGGGAGAUGCUCGAGAACGGCAACAUAUUUUCAACACCAUUUGAGUCAUGGCAGACUCUACAACCGAACGAAAUAAGUGACCCUGAAAUCCCACCAAUAGCCCUCGGUGCAUACGCGUCUCCGGUGUCGCUCUCACAGUCAUGUAAAUGCGACGAAGAGGUUUCGGACAUAGUCCGGAACCUGAGUCGCGCGAAUAUGUCGCACGAUACCAUUCACAUGCUUCGCACAGGAUUGUCUCUCGCAGAGAGGGUACUUACCUGUCUAAUCUGCUACGAUGUGUCAAAGCCGCCUCGGUUGACCGUUCAGAAUGUGCUCCUCGUCGGUCAACUCAUGUUCGGAGUAACAGCCGGCUACCAGAAAUACCUGCGCUGGUUAAAGGAAUAUUGUUCUGAGCUGAGUAUGAGGAAUGAAACUGAAGCCGUCAGUCUUGAAACCGGGCUUGGGCUUCCUUCAGGCCCAAUUUUACAAAUCAACGGCGAUAAGUUCCACGAGCUCGUUAUAAAUGGCCUUCAGACUGAUGCGAAACGACUUCUAGCGCUGGGAGAAAAGUUUGCUCUGCGGCAACGCAAUCGUCAUUUGGUUGGACACGAAACUUGCCCUGGUCUCGAAGGUGGUUGUCGGAAGAAAGAGGAUGCGCUGAACUACGAUCCGCUUGACCUCUGUCCGCAAGAUCCCGUGGCACGGAAAUUGGUGCCAUGCUUUCGUAUUGUUGAGGAGGUUCGGGGGAUGAUAAAGAAUGUUGCAGAAGCCGUUGUGUGA